CUUCGCACUGCGGGCCCGUGCGCCGUACAGAUCCUCUAUAAAUCGGCCAAAUAUCUACAUGUUGUUCUCAUCACGCCCCUGGCUUCGCCAUCCGGACCCUCAACAAUGCCACCCAAACGUCCCGCCUCCCCUCCCUCCCCCUCCAAUGUGCCGGCCAAAAAAGCCCACGCGGAAGAGGGUGCGAAAGAUCUUGUCAGCACUCUUCGCACAAAAUAUCCCACCUCUUCCGCGCUCUCCUCAGAGCUCUCAAAGCUUGACGCGUCCGUGCUACGCGGGUUUCUGCUGAGUGCUGCAUACCCCGAGACCUUCGACAGCAGCCGAUCCGGGGCGUACGACUGCAACGUAAGGCACUUUGGCGAGUGUGAGGAACCUGAGGAUCAGAUAGAAGUUGACGUGCGAGUGUUUACGUGCUGCGGGGUGAGAUUCGAGAUGGAUGAUUGGGGUGAAUGGGUGGAACCAGCGCAUGUGGAACCGUACUGUUUUGGGGGUAGACAUACGGUUGUGCCGUGGACGGUCGAGGAUGAGGAGGUGGUGGAUGACUACGGAGACUACGACGAGCUCGGGGUGAACGGCAAACGAAGGGUCCGCUGGUGGGAGGAGAUUGUCAAAGUCGUGGGUGAUUGUGGGAAGUUGAGGUGUAAGGAGAAGCGGUUGUAGAUACCGUGAGUGAGAGGGAGACAAAUGAGAGGUCGUAACCAGGUACUACCUUGUGCUAUAGUAGUGCUAGAGCUCUUCGAAGGGAUAUCAAUACUCUAGACAUCACUCGUUUCCCUGAGUUUCCUCUCGUAU